UUAAUAGGUACACAUGUUCUCAAAGUUUCUUUAUUAACAGUAGUAAAUAAGUCAAUAUUACAAAGAUCAACCUUAACUCCUGUGCACUCCUCAACAUUGACGCCGAUGCAUCUGCGCAAAGCGAAGCUCAUGUUCUUCUGGGUCCGGUAUCCAAGCUCCGCGGUCCUCAAGAUGUACUUCCCAGACAUCAAGUUCAACAAGAACAACACGGCCCAGCUUGUCAAGUGGUUCUCAAACUUCCGGGAGUUCUAUUACAUACAAAUGGAGAAGUACGCACGACAGGCGAUCAGUGAAGGUCUGAAGGCGGCAGACGAUCUCCACGUGGCUGGUGACUCAGAACUGUAUAGGGUUCUCAACUUGCAUUACAACAGAAAUAACCACAUCGAGGUGCCUCCCAACUUCAGAUAUGUGGUGGAGCAGACACUUCGCGAGUUCUUCCGCGCAAUCCAAAGCGGGAAGGACACGGAACAGAGCUGGAAGAAAUCCAUCUAUAAGGUGAUCUCGCGGCUCGACGACCCAGUGCCAGAGUACUUCAAGUCGCCGAACUUCCUUGAGCAAUUGGAGUGAGCGCCGCUAUGAAUCGAUGCACACACUGUUUCGGCAUAACUAAUUUAUAGACAAAAUAUGAAAUUCAUUGGACGAUUGUUUCGCACACCAAAAUUUUACGACACUCGCAUUUAGGCCUUCAGAUUCAAAAUUAUCGAUAAAAAAAGUUAAAUUUAAAUUAUUAAAAAAAUUGAAUUUGUACGUUGCACGUCGAGCGGCGUGGCGCGGCGGCCGCUGCCCACGCCGCGGCCCGCGCUCUCCUAGGAAAUUCAUUAGGUUAAACGAGUAAGAGAAAAUUUAAGUCACCUAGAAUUUUAUUUCUGCACAUAAUAUAUUUCGCUAUAUAUAAUUAUUAUUAUAUUAUUAUUAAGUAUUAUCUUAAAAUGGUUUUUAUAGUUGUGUAUAUCAUAAAAUCAUUUAUUGAUUUAUUCUAAGGAAAAAAAUCGAUUAAUAUAUUAUAACUGCUUAAGUUUUGAA